AGCAGAUAUAUACCAAGUUAGGAAUAAUUCCCCAAUAUCGAACUCCAAUUUUUGAAUAAUUCUUGUAUAAUUUAGGAAGCUAAAAUCAAACUAGAGAUAAAUUCAUGAUGGCCAAAAAUAAGAGGGAAAAAUUUACCAUUUAUAAGGACUCAAAAGAUGAAAAGGAGGCCAAGUAUAUAGAAGCAAUAUAUCUAGCUUCUCCUCUUCCCAGCCAUAACGAGUUGAGAUUUUGGUUUGUCAUCAUGUCCCAGAACUAUAAAUCCGAAGGUUUAGCCUUCAUUUCUAGGCUUCAAGAUUAUGCCAUAUCAAAGUCGAAAUUCAAAAUUUACGACCCAGCCAUAUCAUUUGUUUACUCUUUUGAAACAUGGAACGUUAUCAAAGAAAUCGAAACAUACCUUGAGGAAGAUAUAAAUUAUAAAAUGUAUCUAAUAAUUCUACCUGAUGUCAUGCUUUCGAUGUUUAGCCCUUUGAAAAUUCUCACCUCUUCCACUUUAACACCAUCCCAAAUCGUGUUAGAAUCGAAAAUAAGUGCAAAUAUUCCACUUUACACAAUUUUGCCUAAAAUAAUCGAUAAAGCUCGAAUAACUACGUAUAGUAAUUCCAUGGCAGAUUUAAGAGAUCUCUACCCGUAUGAUCCUUUGAAUUUCCAUGAUGGCGAAACUAAAUCAGGCAUCAUAAAAUCUCCUCACAUUCUAAAACAUUGUUGUCGUUACGGUACUGGUGAUGUUCUGGGAGUACUAAACAUAGAGUUUUAUAUAUUACAUUAUAAAUUUAUCACUAAAGUACUCUAG